AUGGCACCAAACAACUCCAAAUGGUGGCAAGCGCCCGACGAGGCCGACCUAGAUUACGGAUUCGAUUCUGACGACUUGGAUGCUAGAUUCGAAUCUGAGCGGAAUCUCCACCGCCCUCGCCCACCCACGAACCCAAGAAACGAUACACGGACACGAGAACGAGAACAAGAACAAGAACAAGACGCUCAGGACAGGGGUGUAAUUGGAAACAUGUCUUCCUGGCUGCAUCGUCAAGCUGGGUCGCAAAACUCGCAGCUCACCACUACCGCUGUCUUAUCCGGUGCUGCGGUUGCGACUGCGAUUUUUGGUUACCAGGCUUACAAGAGAAAAGAGGCUGUUUAUGAUCUGAAAGCUUCGAUCCCGGCUGCUGAUGAUCAGCAUCCAUCAGUGAAGUUGACGGACUUUGGUGCUGCGGAAGACGGAAUCCCACUGAGCAAGGAGGAUGAGCGCAGUGCUGCUCUGGCUCGCAGAGCGCAGAGGGGAGAUUAUGAUGAUGAUCUGAUUCUUGAACAACUAGCCCGAAACCGGGUCUUCCUCACUGACGAGGGUCUCGCAAAACUUCGAUCCUCCUUCAUUGUUGUCGUCGGCUGCGGUGGCGUUGGAUCCCAUGCUGCGGCAGCGCUCGCUCGAUCUGGCGUGGCAAAGAUCCGACUCAUCGAUUUCGAUCAAGUCACUCUCUCCUCGCUCAACCGACACGCGCUUGCUACACUAGCUGACGUCGGAACACCCAAGGUGCACUGCAUUCGGCGACGACUGGAGCAGAUCGCUCCCUGGGUGAUGUUUGACUGCCGGAACGAGCUGUUCGGCAAGGACGCCGCCGAUCAUCUUCUUGGCCCGUGGACUUUGACACACGAGGGCGAGGGCCGCCGACCUGAUUACGUGCUGGACUGUAUUGAUAACAUAACCUCCAAGGUAGAUUUGCUGCACUACUGCCACUCAAACUCGCUGCCCGUUAUUUCGUCCAUGGGUGCUGGUUGCAAGUCUGACCCUACUCGUGUUGUUGUUGGCGACAUCUCACAAAGUACGGAUGACCCGCUUUCUCGCAGUACCCGUCGCCGAUUGAAGGCGAAAGGUGUGAGUACAGGUAUUGCUACAGUAUUCUCGACUGAGAAGCCUGGGCCUGGCAAAGCGACUCUACUGCCGCUCCCCGAGGAGGAGUUUGCCAAGGGCCAAGUGGGCGAGCUGGGAGUUCUUGCAGACUUCCGAGUUCGGAUUUUGCCGGUCCUUGGCACUAUGCCCGCUGUAUUUGGAUACACAGUGGCCAAUCACGUCAUCUGUAGCGUGACAAACUACCCAAUGGAUUAUAGCAUGUCGAACAAGGGCCGCGAUAAGAUGUACGACACUGCUCUGGGCAACCUCCAGGCCUGUUCGGAGAGACUCAAUAAGCAGAUUGCUGGUGAAGACCCCAUUAGUCUGCGUAUCCCCGUCAGCAAGGAUGAUAUUGCGUUCUUGACGGAAGAAGUCUGGCGUGGCAAGAGUGGCAUCUCCGGACUGCAGAACCGGCUUGUAUUUGUCCCCUGGGAGACACCCGCUCGAGGAUGGGGAAUAGUUACGACCUGGCAGCAAGAUGGCCAAAAGCUCCUGCCUCUUGAGCUGACCAACUUGGUUUGUAUGACCAAGGAAGAGGCUGCCUACCAUGAGCGUGAGGUUCUGCGUGGUGGCAAGAAGGUCGAAGAGGUGUACGAAGAGCUCGUGUUGCAACGGGUGAACCUGCGCCGAAAGGAAGCCGAAGAGUAUGAACAGUACCGGGGUUAG